ACAGCCCUUUUUGAAGCCUACCAGCAGUGUGUCGCCUGGCUGUGCUGCCUCUUCCUCUGGCCUGGUAACUUCAAACAUGCUGUCCUUCGCUCUGAGACAAGUCACUCGGCCACUGUGCCAACGAGCCCCGGUUCGUCUUUGUGUCCGUGGGCAGCAGUCCCACGCUGCCACCCGUGCAGUGGAUGAAGAUCGUUCGUGGACGGGCCAGGAAAGCUUGGCUCAGGAUGACCCAGAGAUGUGGGAUCUGCUGCAGAGGGAGAAGGACAGGCAGUGCCGCGGUUUGGAGCUUAUUGCAUCUGAGAAUUUCUGCAGUCGAGCCGCUCUGGAAGCUCUGGGCUCCUGUCUAAACAACAAAUACUCCGAAGGCUACCCGGGAAGAAGGUACUAUGGUGGAGCAGAAGUGGUCGACCAAAUCGAGUUACUGUGUCAGAAGCGAGCCUUGGAGGCUUUUGACCUGGACCCAGCUCAGUGGGGUGUCAACGUCCAGCCAUACUCUGGCUCCCCCGCUAACUUUGCAGUCUACACCGCUGUGCUCAACCCCCAUGAUCGUAUCAUGGGCCUGGACCUGCCCGACGGAGGACAUCUGACCCAUGGCUACAUGUCUGAUGUGAAGAGGAUCUCAGCAACCUCAAUCUAUUUUGAGUCCAUGCCCUACAAGCUCAAUACUGCAACAGGACUCAUAGACUACGACCAGAUGGAGUUGACGGCCAAGCUGUUCAGGCCCAAGCUCAUCAUCGCUGGCACCAGUGCCUAUGCCCGGCUCAUUGACUACGCCCGCAUCAAGAAGCUAUGUACUGACAUUAAGGCGUACAUGCUGGCUGACAUGGCUCAUAUCAGUGGCCUGGUGGCAGCCAGAGCUAUUCCCUCUCCCUUUGAACAUGCUGACCUGGUCACUUCUACCACACACAAAUCCCUCAGAGGAGCUAGGGCUGGUCUCAUCUUCUAUCGUAAAGGUGUCCGCUCUGUGGACAAGAAGGGGAAGGAAAUCAUGUAUGACCUGGAGGACAAGGUCAACUUCUCUGUCUUCCCCUCCCUGCAGGGUGGACCUCAUAACCAUGCCAUCGCUGGUGUGGCUGUGGCACUGAGACAGGCACAGUCUCCCAUGUUCAAGGAGUAUAUCGCCCAGGUACUAAAGAACGCCAAGUCCAUGGCUACAGCUCUUCUCAGCAAAGGCUACACCCUAGUAUCAGGAGGGACCGAAAACCACCUGGUCCUGGUGGACCUUCGGCCUAAGGGCAUUGACGGGGCUCGGGCCGAAAGGGUGCUGGAGCUUGCAUCAAUCACUGCCAAUAAGAACACCUGCCCCGGGGACAAGAGUGCCCUGACUCCUGGUGGCCUCAGGCUAGGCGCUCCAGCUCUGACCUCCAGGCAGUUCAAAGAAGCAGACUUUGUGCAAGUUGUUGAAUUCAUGGAUGAGGGCUUUAAGAUUGCCUUGGAUGUAAAGAAAAAGACAGGAAAGCUUGCGGACUUCAAGAACUUCCUACUUCAAGACCCUGAGACUGUGGCUCGUAUCGCCGACCUGCGCCACCGCGUCGAAGAUUUCGCCAGGCCUUUCCCCAUGCCAGGCUUCCAUGACCAUUAGACUAGCUGAUAUGGAGUUAGGGGGGCAUAACUUCCAGGUGGCAGAAAGCCGGCUGGGAGGAGGUGCAUUUGGGGAAAGAGAGCUGUCAUGCUACCAAAAUGUGGUUGGUGGCUGUGAAUUGGGAUGACUCUUGAGUUCCCUUUUCAAAUAUGUUCUGGGAGACCACAUUGUUUUUUUUUGUUGUUUUUUUUACACCUUUUCAAUCUAUUCUUGUAAAAACACGACCUUCGUGUCGAGGUCCAGUAAAGAAACAAAACAUUUGACAGAGAUUUUGUAGAGCUGAAGAAUCUAUUUUCUAUUCUAAGUGUAAAGAUUUUUCUCAGUUUACUGCACAUCAUUUCUUUAACGUGGGUGUUUGAGAGGAAAAAUAACAUGUCAAGUCAAACAACGACCAACAGUUAUUGAUGUCACAGACUCUGUGACUUGAUUAGUGUUUAAUUAGUUAGAAAAGUGAGCCACACUGAUGAGUCUUACUGCUGUACAGCACCCUAACCAAUGUGACUAAUAUAGCAAUUAUAUUCACAUGGAGAUGGGUUCAUGUUUGCCUUGUACUGUCAUUUUCUGUUUAUGAGACCAGGUGCAGGAGGAGGCUUCAUGAGAUGGAGUAGUGUUCUGCCAAAUAAUGUUGUGCUGGCCUUUUCACUUUUUCCAGGGGGACAUUUUGUUGAAAAUCAGAAAUUCAACCAAAAUGUAGUCAGAAUGUCAAAUUUGAAAGUUUUCCCUUUCAUUUUCCUUCAGUAGAGAUUUCUGCAAGUUGUCUCCAAAGUGGGAAGGUCAGAUGUGAGAUUAUAGGGGACUAAAUAUUAUUAUCAUGUAAUAGGCUGUGGUCCAAUAAAGCAACGCUACAAACUGUGCUCACAACACAUUUCACACUUAACGUAGAGUAUCAUAAACUGCAAAAAGUAGAAUUCACUUUUCUAUUACCGCUGUGGUUAUUGUCAUCUUCUGUUCUUCAGCAUAUCACAGAUGUCACGUUUUAAUUGCUAUGUGUAAUGUCAUGACAGAUGAUUAACCAAAUGACAGUAAUGUCAUCCUGGAUUAUUUCUACUUUCCUUUUGUGUGUUUACAGAUUAUAUACUUUUCUAUAUAUUAUUUAAAAAGAAUUAACUAUGUAACUACCAUCAUUUCACAUGUAUCUUAAGGUUUCCAAUACCAGCUGAUUUGUUGUACUGGAAAAAUAUGAUUUGUAGUGCAGUCUGCUUGAUUUAAUUGCCUGCCUGAUCUAAUUUAUUUCUCUAUGGCGUUCAACAAUGUAAACCGUGAAGCAGCUUGAUUUGAUACAACAUUUUCAGAGUAUUUGGUUGUCUAUCUGGUUCACAGAUUGGAAAUGUUGUCAUUAUCACUGCAUCAGUGACGAAGCAUGAUUUGUUUGUGAAAUGGUCUUACAGCACAAUCGAAAAAAGGGCGUUAGACAUAACGUGGUACUCUCUUCCUUUGCACAGCUUCUAAGGUGAACCAAAUCAUAAAUUUUCCUCAUCACUAUUUUCUUUGACAGCCAAUAGAAUAGACUUUGCCAAAAUAUACCAGUAAGUAUUUUACUACAGUAUUCAUGUGUCUACUGUUUGUCUAUGAUAAUCUCUACUAUGUUGCCAGUCAAUGUACAUCAAUACAGUUUGAACUAACUUCCUUUUACAGAA